CUCAGGCCCGGAACCGGGGCCGCGGGUCGGCCAUGGAGUACCUGGGCGGCCCGGCGGGCCCGGCGCGGCGCGGCGUCCUGUGCUGCCAGUGCGGCGUGCCCAUCCCGCCCAACCCGGCCAACAUGUGCGUGGGCUGCCUGCGGGCCCGGGUGGACAUCACCGAGGGCAUCCCCAAGCAGGGCACCCUGCACUUCUGCAAGCAGUGCGAGAGGUAUCUCCAGCCUCCAGGAACCUGGAUUCAGUGUACCUUAGAAUCAAGAGAGCUUCUCGCCCUGUGUCUUAAAAAAAUCAAAGCCUCGCUGAGCAAGGUCCGGCUGGUCGAUGCAGGCUUUAUUUGGACUGAACCCCAUUCUAAGAGACUGAAGUUGAAACUGACUGUUCAGAAAGAGGUCAUCAAUGGAGCAGUUCUUCAGCAAGUGUUUGUGGUGGAAUAUAUUGUCCAGUCUCAAAUGUGUGAAGACUGUCAUAGGAUUGAAGCCAAAGAUUUCUGGAAAGCUGUAGUGCAAGUCAGACAAAAGACUCUGCACAAGAAGACUUUCUACUAUUUGGAGCAGCUGAUUUUAAAACACAGGCUUCAUCAAAAUACACUUCGCAUCAAGGAAAUCCAUGAUGGCCUGGAUUUUUACUAUUCUUCAAAGCAGCAGGCCCAGAAGAUGGUAGACUUUCUUCAGUGUACAGUUCCAUCUAGAUCAAAAUCAUCCCAGCGUUUGAUCUCACAUGAUAUUCAUAGCAAUGUCUACAAUUACAAAAGCACUUUCUCUGUGGAAAUAGUCCCAAUAUGCAAGGACAAUGUAGUCUGUCUGUCACCAAAACUGGCACAGAGUCUUGGCAACAUGAGCCAGAUCUGUGUGUGCAUCAGAGUAACAAGCACCAUCCACCUCAUCGAUCCCAGCACUCUGCAGAUUGCUGAAAUUGAUGGAAAUACCUACUGGCGCCACCCCUUCAAUAGCCUGUUCCACCCCAAACAGCUGGAGGAGUUUAUUGUUAUGGAUAUCAACAGGGUGCACGAAAAGAAGAAAGGUGCAGGUGCAGGGGCAAGAUCAAACAAGCACACACUGGCUGAAGCCUGGGUACGGAAAACGUCGGAGCUGAACACAGACCAUCAGUAUUUCUGCUCUACUCACUUGGGGCACAUCCUGAAUCCUGGCGACCUGGUCUUGGGAUUCGACUUGGCAAACUGCAACUUAAAUGAUGAGUUUGCCAAUAAGAUGAACCCACACACUAUUCCUGAUGUGGUGUUAAUAAAGAAGAGCUACGACCGUACCAAGCGUCAGCGGCGCAGAAACUGGAAGCUGAAGGAGCUGGAAAGGGACAGGGAAGGCACGGACACAGACGAUGAAAGACAAUACCAGGACUUCCUUGAAGAUCUCGAAGAAGAUGAAGCCAUAAGGAAGAAUGUCAACAUUUACAGAAAUGCAGAUAUUCCAGUGGAGAGUGACACGGAUGAUGAUGGAACCCCACGAAUCAGUCUGGCUGAAAUGCUUGAGGAUCUCCAUAUUUCCCAGGAUGCCACUGGUGGGGAGGGAGCCAAUAUGAUGACAGAAUAAUUCAUUAAUGCAAUAAAUAUUCCUUUGGUGAGGAAAAAAAUAUCUAAAACAUCAGUGCUCACAUGAAUGUGAAAAGUAAUGUGAUAACUACCACUGUACCUCUUAAUAAUGGGCCUGAAUUCAUAAUUUAUAUAUAAUCUACAGCAAUUAAAGUUAACUUUCUGGUGCAAGCUUUGCAAUGUAAGUUCCAGAAGUUCCUCCCAUCCCUGAGUGCUCUCUCCUUGCAACUUCUGCAGUGUAAAGACCAACUGGCUAACUUCAGGGUUGUGUUUUGGAAGUAGUAAUUGUGUUGUACUGAAGACAGCUGAUAAGAAAGGAUGUCCAGAGGGAGAGAUUUGAUCUAGUUUGCUAGAUUUGUAGGUAGAACACCUACCUACUGCUUCUUGCUUUCAUUUCCUCACAUGGGAAGGAUUUUUCCUGGGCUAAUCUUUUGCAUACAAUGAUUUGAAGUGUUUUAUGAUGUUGCUGGAUUAUUCCAUAUAAGAAUAUCUGGGAGAAGUUCAAGAAUGUAUGUAUCUUGUGUUCCUUUGGUAGGGGAACCCCAAAUACACAUGUUGUGUACACAAAAAAAACUUCCCUGUAAAUUCAUCAGAAAGACUGGACAUUUCUGUUCAGUGUAACAAAUAUUGUACUCUCUUCCAUGCCUGUAUUGGUAGAUCACAAGCAAUCUGCAUAAUGUCUAAUUGGUACACCAAGUAUGAGCUAUUAAAAAACUAUACAGUGA